GCACUACCAAUUGUUUUUCCGCAGUUAAUUGUCACCGUCGACCAUGGAAGAGACCGCGCACCCCAUCACGGAGGACCACAAGAAGCUGGUCUUCUCCUUCAUCCGCAUGAUGCGGCAGACGGCCGUAGAGAACCCCGAUCGCGCCGAGGCCGUCGCGCAGAUGUUAGGCGAGGAGUUCGGCGUAGACCCCGCCGGCACUGGCGGCCUCUACGACACCGGCGUAGACGUACUCGAGGCGUUCCGCACCGCCCUGCGCGACCACGAGAGCCGUAACGGCGCCGAGCAGGACGAGAAGUUCGUCGCCUUCGUGGAACUACUGGAGAAGAAGGGCUACUUCAAAGGCGUCGAGAAGGACUCCGAGGAGUACAAGCAGCGCCUCGACAAGGCCCGCGAGAAGUUCAACCAGCGCAACAACCCGUACGAGGGCCUCACGGCGGAGCAGAUCAAGAACAAGGGCAACGAGCUGAUGAGCCAGGCCAAGUACAAGGAGGCGAUUGCCUACUACACCAAGGCGAUUGAGCUGGAGCCGGAGAACGCCAUCUUCUUCGCCAACCGGGCCGCCGCCCACACCCAUCUGAAGGGCUACAACGACGCCGUUAUUGACUGCGAGCGGGCCAUCAUCAUCAACCCCGACUACUCCAAGUCGUAUUCCCGCCUCGGCACAGCGCUCUUCUACCAGGAGAACUACGCCCGCGCCGUCGACGCCUUCAACAAAGCGUGCGAGCUGGACCCGGACAACAACACCUACAAGGAGGACCUGAAGCGGGCGGAGGAGAAGGCGAAGGCGACCGGCCUCACCACGGCUGGCGCCGGCGCCGGUGCCGGCGGCUUCCCUGGCAUGGGUGGCGCGGGCGGCAUGCCGGACAUGAGCCAAUUCGCGAACAUGAUGAACAACCCGCAGUUUAUGGAGACGGCCCAGCGAAUGAUGCAGAACCCGGAGUUUAGCAACCUCGUGUCGAACAUGGCCGGCAAGUUCAGCCAGGGCGGCAUGGACCCCGCGGCGCUGAACCGGCUCGGCGCGGACAUGGGCAUGCGCAACGUCGACGAGGAGGGCAACGUCGUGACGCCUUUCGGCAAGGUGAACCGCGCUGCCAUUGAGAAACUGCAGGAGGAGGAGGUACGCAAGAACCCGAAGCUGGCGGGCAUCAUGCAGGAUGUGCAGAUGAACGGCUACGGCGCCUUCCAGAAGUACCUCGGCGACCCGGAUGUGAUGAGUCUGAUGAUGAAGUUCCAGAACCUCAUGUUCCAGAACCCUAACGACGACGCGUAA